AUGUUCAUCAGCAUUCUGUUGUUAUCUCUUCAAAUAAGUCUCCUAGGAACCACACUUGGUGGGAAUGUUCUGAUCUGGCCAGUUGAAGGUAGUCAUUGGCUAAAUGUUAAGAUAAUUAUAGAUGAGCUAAUUACAAAACAGCAUAAUGUGACUGUCCUCGUUGCUUCUGGUGCACUUUUCAUCACGCCAUCAGUUAGCCCAUCUCUGACAUUUGAAGUAUAUAAAGUACCCUUCAGCAAAGAAAGAGUAGAAGGAGUGAUCAAGAGUUUUGUUUUGACAUGGCUGGAACAUAGACCAUCUCCUUCAACCCUUUGGAGAUUCUAUCAGGAGAUGGCAAAAGUCAUAGAUGACUUCCACAGGGUAUCCAGAGAGAUUUGUGAUGGUGUUCUUAAAAACGAAAAGCUGAUGGAAAAGCUGAAGAAAGGCAAGUUUGAAGUCCUGGUGUCAGAUCCAGUAUUUCCUUGUGGUGAUAUAGUUGCUUUAAAACUGGGAAUUCCAUUUAUUUAUUCCUUGAGGUUUUCUCCAGCAUCAACAGUGGAAAAGCACUGUGGAAAAGUCCCAUACCCUCCUUCCUAUGUUCCUGCUAUUUUAUCAGAACUCACCGACAAGAUGUCUUUUGCUGACAGAGUAAGGAAUUUCAUCUCCUAUCUUCUACAGGACUACAUAUUUGAAACUCUUUGGAAACCAUGGGAUUCCUACUAUAGUAAUGCUUUAGAUGGCAGCCAUUGGUUAAAUAUUAAGAUCAUUGUAGAAGAAUUGAUUCAAAGAAAUCACAGUGUGACUGUACUGGUUUCAUCACAAUCUCUGUUCAUCAAAUCCAGUUCUGAUUUUUCUGUGAAGUUUGAAGAGAUACCUGUUUCUUACAAGGAGAGCAAUAUAGAUUCAAUAACUGAACAUAUGAUAAGGCUGUGGACAAACCAUAGACCAACUCCUUUCACAAUAUGGACUUUCUGCAAAGAACUAGGAAAAUUCCUAGAUACUAUAUUCCAAAUGAACACACAAAUCUGUGAUGGCAUAUUCAACAAUCCCUCAUUAAUGGCAAGACUUCAGAAAGGUGGUUUUGAUGUGUUGGUAGCAGACCCAGUAUCAGUGUGUGGUGAACUUGUUGCUCUAAAAUUAGGAAUCCCAUUUAUCUACACAUUAAGGUUUUCUCCAGCCUGGACAGUGGAGAGAAACUGUGGGAAAAUCCCAGCACCAAUGUCCUAUGUUCCUGCAGCCCUGUCAGAGCUCACUGACCAGAUGACCUUUGGUGAAAGGGUUAAAAAUGCCAUAUCUUACUCUCUGCAAGACUAUUUAUUUCAAUCCUACUGGAGAGAAUGGAAUUCAUACUACAGCAAAGUUCUAGGAAGACCUACUACAUUAUGUGAGACUAUGGGCAAAGCUGAAAUUUGGCUAAUUCGGACAUAUUGGGAUUUUGAAUUUCCUCGUCCAUACUUACCCAAUUUCGAGUUUGUUGGAGGUUUGCACUGCAAACCUGCCAAACCUUUACCUAAGGAAAUGGAAGAUUUUGUCCAGAGCUCAGGUGAAGAUGGUGUUGUGGUAUUUUCUCUCGGGUCAAUGGUCAAAAACCUCACAGAAGAAAAGGCCAAUUUCAUUGCCUCAGCCCUUGCCCAGCUUCCACAGAAGGUCUUAUGGAGAUACAAAGGAAAGAAGCCAGCCACACUAGGAGCCAAUACUCGGAUAUUUGAUUGGCUACCUCAGAAUGACCUUCUUGGUCAUCCUAAAACCAAAGCUUUUAUCACUCAUGGUGGAACUAAUGGAAUCUAUGAAGCUAUUUAUCAUGGGAUACCUAUGGUGGGAAUCCCCAUGUUUGCUGAUCAACCUGAUAACAUCGCUCACAUGAAGGCCAAAGGAGCAGCUGUGGAGGUGAACUUCAACACAAUGACAAGUGUGGAUUUGCUCAGUGCCUUGAGAACAGUCAUUUAUGAACCUUCUUAUAAAGAGAAUGCCAUGAGAUUAUCAAGAAUUCACCAUGAUCAACCUGUAAAGCCUCUGGACAGAGCAGUCUUCUGGAUUGAGUUUGUCAUGCGCCACAAAGGAGCCAAGCACCUCAGGCCAGCCUCCCAUGACCUCACCUGGUUCCAGUACCACUCUUUAGAUGUGAUUGGGUUCUUGCUGGCCUGUGUGGCAACUGUUAUAUUCAUGGUCACAAAAUGUUGCUUGUUUUCUUGUCAAAAAAUUGAUAAGACAGUAAAGAAGAAAAAGAGGGAAUAG